CAAAAAUUUACUUGAAAUAUUCACAAGAGUUCAAUAUUUUAUACGUUAGCAAACUAUUUUUAACCAUCUUACUUUCCGAUAUUCCUUUAUGCAAUGUUUGGAAUUUACGUUUCUUAGAGGAUGGAAACUAAGACAGGAGUUUCCUUUUACAAAAAUAACAGGCCUGUGAAUCAUAACAUAACAUAGACCGAUAAAUUUAACACUGCUCCAUUUAAACUCUAAAGAUAAACAACUGACCAACAAGCCAGGUGCUUUAUGUGGGCAUGUGUGCCCCCUCCAGUCCUCUUCAGCUAAGAUCAAUAAUUCUAACUGAAGGGAGACAGUGGUUGUAUUCAGUGAGAAGGGGUGCGUGAAUCAAGUCAUUCUAUAGGUAAAGCCUGUUGCUGCUACCACAUUUCGCAAGCUCGCAGAACGUGCUGCAUAAAGCGUCACAUUAAUUGUCUAUCAUAAGACUGACUACUAAUUACAAGAUUCAGUGAUGUGCAGUGGACAUAUCGAGGGAUUAUGGAUAGGGCUAAUUGGACUCCUGGUAUAAACGCUACAACCCCGACGCCUGUCACAGCACAGAACUGUGUGUCAAAUUCGACAAACUCUGCAUUCUUAGACAAAUCAUUAGUCACCGCACCGUCAUGGAGUGCGAUACAGCAAGACAUAAGAUGGGCAUUUCUAUUACAUGCAUAUAGUUUUGCAUGUCUCUUCUUUGUAUUAGGAUUUUACACGUUCUUUUCUAUUCUAAAUUUAAGAUCUCUUAUAUCAACCAGGCCGUUUAUGUCCACGAUUAAUAUAUUCUUAUGUUUACUCGGGGCGUCGAGAGCUGCUUCCUUGUUCAUAGAUGCGUACAAUCUUAAAGAUAUUUUGCCCAAAGUCAUUGGAUCAAUUAUAUGGGACAUUGGCUAUCCAUGCAUUACAUCUGCUUUUUGUCUGAUACAACUGGCUUUCCUGCAACUGACAAAGUUGAAAUUUGGUCCGGAGAGGAUACAGAAGGAAUCCUGCCUUAGCCUCGUUAUAACAGCACACUUCUUUUUCGUGAUCGCCAGCGAUAUCGUUCUAUCCUCCCACAAUUGUUACAUGGCAAAAUAUAUGGUCCAAGCGGCGUUUCUCAUCUGGAGCAUUCUUUUGUAUCUUGCGUUUCUACACGCAGCUUACAAAAUUGAUCAUUUGCUUCGAACUAUGCCGAGUAGUAUGUUAACACGGGACAAUUCUAAUGCGCAUCAAAAAGGUAUUAUGCAACUCGCGAUGUUAGCACCAUAUAGCAAUCUGGCGACUUCAGUUGCUGCUGCGUUGGUACCGACUUUACUUGGCCCUAAGAUGAAGGGUCCCGAAGAGAAUGAGCCUCCAAACGCUAAUAAAAAUUCACAGGAAGCGCCAGCAGAAAGCGAGUCACGAGUCACAAUUACCGCCAAAGUGUGCAAAGAGGGACCAGUGGAAAAGGAAGCACAUAAUGUUACGAUACCUACGUGCACCAUACAAUCACCGUCACAAGAACAAAAGUCGGCAGUACCGGAAGUCUAUGUUAGACCACCCACCCCAACCCCGUCGACUACUAAUUUACCGAUUAUAACUGUGUCCAGCCCGAGUCGUAGAAGUUCUAUGGCAAGUCGACGAGGCAGCGACACAUCCACCAAAUCCUCGCGCAGAAAUUCCGAAUGUAGCGUUAGAUUUGUAAACGAGGAAAACUCGACGGAAUGCAAACGCACAACAGAGGGUAGCCCUAGAUCUUUGCCGAGGAUGCGAGAGGAGUUUGAGAGGAAUCGCUCACCUGAAAGUCCGCGAUAUUCAGAGAACAUCACGCCAACAGGUAGUACUAGAGAAUUGAGACGAUGUUCCGAUUUUACGCAUGAGAAGAAUCGCGGCUCGCAAUUUGCAACCAAGUUGAGAAGAAACAGCGAUUUUGGUAAUAGAACACCCAGAAGAAUGUUGCCGCCGGAUGAAUUUCCCAGAUUGCCCAAAGUUCUGGAUGUUAGCCCUGCAGGUUCAAGACGCAAUUCCGAUAUCGGUACUUUCAUGUCACCCAGACCUGAUUCGCGUAGAAACUCCGAAAGUUCCUACCGACGCAAUUCCGAGUUCAUUCACAUUAAGCCAUUAAUUAUAAAUCGUCGAAGCAGUGAUAUUAGUAUCAGAACUCUAGACAGAAGUCCCACACACUUUCAGAGUAUAAUACCUAUUAAGACAGAGGUACAGGAGAAAUCUGAAUCAGAUUCAGAUCAUCCUGAUUGCAGCGAAAAGGCAGCACUGAUGAACGAAAAGUCAAAGAGCAAGGAUGAAGAGCCGAAAGUACGCAAGAAAAAUUUAUCGUGGAACGAUAAAAACAUUGAAGAUCCAGAGGACAUUACGGCGGAAACUAACUUGCUUCCCGAAAAUACUGGUGAAGCGAGAGUCAUGGGCACGGAUUUUACCCUUCAUUCGAUACUAAAUCAUAUCGCAUAUGUAAAUCGAGCGAAAUCCGAUACACCGCUACAUAUACCGGAAACGGACACCGCGGUUGCCAGAAAGUCUCAGAUGCAAAAAGUAUUAAAUAUUACGCGUGGUACCGCGAUUCUGGGAAUCCUCUUAUGCGUCACGGAUGCCUUUCGUAUUUUUGGACCAUACGGACUCUUUGCUGAAACCGUACAAUACGGCACGGAACCAGCUCCGGCGCAGUUUCCUAUGCCGUGGCCAUGGUUAUUGUACCAAACAAUACCCAGGAUAUUUGAAUUUGUGAUGGGUUGUGCUAUGGCGAACAUAACUAAACAGCCAUCAGUAAGUCCGCGACAUCAAUAUUUAAGUAAUUAUCCUAAUUAUUCUCCGCGUGUAAAUCGAGGUAAUAAUCCUUACAUAUAAAGCAAUAGUCCAUCUAUACGUGAUCAUAAUCCAAAAACUAAGAUGCCAAA